AUGCAACAGCCGACCCUAUCUCUUACCUUCUUCACCCUACCUGCUUUUAUCCUUUUACUAUCUCUACUUCAUAUAACCGCCCACCCGGUCGGUUUUAAAAAAAUGAUAAUUAAACUAGCAUUUUUCACAAGCCUCCCUCCCCUUAUUUUAUUAACUUACAACAACAUAGUUCCCCUCUCAUUCACUUGACAUUGACUCAGCAUAGGAACCUGCCCCAUCUACUUAAGCCUUAAACUCGACACCUUCUCAAUCUUCUUCGUCCCCACAGCACUGUUUGUCACAUGAUCAAUUAUAGAAUUCACCGAAUUAUAUAUAGAUUCAGACCUAAAAAUUAUUAGCUUCUUUAAUCACCUCUUAAUCUUUAUCCUAAUAAUAAUUAUCUUAGUAACUGCCAACAACCUCUUCCAGCUAUUCAUUGGCUGAGAAGGAGUAGGCAUCAUAUCAUUUAAACUCAUCAACUGAUGGUCUUUCCGAGCAAACUCCAACAAAGCAGCCCUCCAGGCCAUUACCUACAAUCGUCUAGCAGACGUCGGAAUACUCGCUGCUAUAUCAUGAAUGAUCCUAAACAACAUCAGUCUGGACAUCCAAGACAUACCCGUAUCUACCAACCACUCACUCAUCCCUGCCAUUGGCCUCGUCCUAGCAGCAACUGGAAAAUCGGCCCAAUUCGGUUUCCACCCAUGACUCCCGGCAGCAAUAGAAGGCCCGACACCAGUCUCAGCUCUACUCCACUCAAGCACCAUAGUAGUAGCAGGCAUUUUCCUGCUAAUCCGAACCUCCCACGUAGUCUAUAGCAGUCAAGCAGCAACUACGGCUUGCCUACUCCUGGGAGCAAUUACCUCCCUAUUCGCAGCCUCUUGCGCCCUCACCCAAAAUGACAUAAAAAAAAUUAUCGCAUUCUCAACAUCGAGCCAACUCGGACUAAUAAUAGCCACAAUUGGAUUAAAACAACCCGAACUUGCAUUCCUACACAUUUCAACACACGCCUUUUUUAAAGCAAUACUCUUUCUGUGUGCAGGAUCAAUUAUCCACAACCUCAAUAACGAACAAGACAUUCGAAAAAUAGGGGGCCUUAAAAAAGCAAUACCUAUCACCACCUCUUGUCUUACUAUCGGAGCACUAGCUCUCACUGGCAUGCCCUUCCUCUCAGGAUUCUUUUCCAAAGACGCUAUUAUUGAAGCACUAAACACCUCUUAUAUUAACGCCUGUGCCCUUACCCUUGUACUACUUGCUACUUCCUUCACCGCAGUGUAUAGCCUUCGUAUAAUUUACUUCACCCUAUUAAACCCUAACCGACUAACAACCACAAAUCCCAUCAACGAAAACCCAAAAAUUGUAAACCCCAUCCUACGCCUAGCCGCCGGAAGCAUUAUAGCUGGCCUACUAAUUUCAUCCUCUAUAUUACCAUCCAACACCCCCCAACUAACCAUAUCGAACACAGCCAAGCUCGCAGCCCUUAUUAUCACAAUGAUCGGACUACUAAUUGCAGCAACCCUAACCCAUGCCACCAAUAAAUUCCCGCCCAUUACCAACGACACCCAACCGCCCUUCCUAACUAAACUAACCUACUUCAACCACCUAUUCCACCACUUCUUCCCAACCACAACCCUGCGAAUGAGCCAAAAACUAUCAACCCACCUAGCUGACCAAACAUGAUAUGAAGCCCUCGGGCCAAAAAUAAUAACCCACCUACAAACCCUAAUAGCCAAAAUCCUCACACCAUAUCAUAAAGGAAAAAUAAAACAAUAUUUCAAAAUCUUCAUAUUAACUAUUAUUAUAAUUAUCUUUUUCACCUCCUUUAUAUCACCCUAA